AUGACCCUUGGGGUCCCCAAAUCUGGCCGGUAUGCCACAAAACCCAGCAGCCAGAGCUUCCGGGAGGGACCAACAUCCUGCCAGUUGUCCCUGGCACUGGGCCAGUGGCGUCACUUGGAAGUUUCAGCCCCGCUCUGCAAAGUGCCUGGCGCCCACCUCCUCUGCGGAGUCCAGCGGGAGCCGCAGGUGCACCGUCUGGUCAAAGCUCCGCCUGCUUCUGGCCCACCUGUUGCCAUGGGAACCACUGGCCCUUGUGACGCGGCGCGCUGGUCCAGCACACUGGGUUCCUGGAAGCUCUCAGAAGUGGAAGAGCUUGGACAGGAAGUUGACCAGCUGUGGAACCCUGUUUGGGACAUUGCGGAGCAGAGCAUCCGGAAGCUGAGCUGGUACUUCAGUGGGAUCAGCAGAACUCAGGCCCAGCAGCUGCUCUUGUCUCCUGCCAAUGCACCAGGGGCCUUUCUCAUCCGGCCCAGCGAAAGCAGCAUCGGGGGAUAUUCCCUGUCAGUCCGGGCCCCAACCAAAGUCUGCCACUACCGCAUCUGCAUGGCACCCAGUGGCGGCCUCUACCUGCAGGAGGGCCGGCUCUUCCCCAGCCUGGACGCAUUGCUUGAUUACUACAAGACCAACUGGAAGCUGAUUCAGAACCCUCUGUUGCAGCCCUGCAUACCCCAGAUGCCCCUGGCUCAGGACGAGUGGGAACGACCACGAUCAGAAUUUGUCCUUCGGAGAAAGCUGGGUGAAGGCUUCUUCGGGGAGGUGUGGGAAGGCCUGUGGCUGGGCUCUAUGCCUGUGGCGGUGAAGGUUAUCAAAUCAGCUGACAUGAAACUGGCAGACCUCACCAAGGAGAUUGAGGCGCUGAAGAGCUUGAGGCAUGAGCGACUGAUCCGGCUGCACGCCAUAUGCUCCCUGGGUGAACCCGUGUACAUCGUUACUGAACUCAUGGGCAAGGGCAACCUGCAGGUCUACUUGGGCAGCCCUGAGGGAAAGGCCCUGAACCUGCCUCACCUACUGGGGUUUGCCUGCCAGGUAGCUGAGGGCAUGAGCUACCUGGAGGAACGACGUGUCGUUCACCGGGACUUGGCCGCCAGGAACGUGCUCGUGGGUGAUGACCUCACCUGCAAGGUAGCUGAUUUUGGCCUGGCCAGGCUGCUCAAGGAUGAUGUCUACUCCCCAAGCAGUGGCUCCAAGAUCCCUGUCAAGUGGACAGCACCGGAGGCAGCUAACUACCGUGUCUUCUCCCAGAAGUCAGAUGUCUGGUCCUUUGGCAUCUUGCUGUAUGAGGUCUUCACUUAUGGCCAGUGUCCCUAUGAAGGAAUGACCAACCAUGAGACACUACAGCAGAUCAGCCGUGGAUACCGCCUGCCACGCCCAGCUGCCUGCCCAGCAGAGGUCUAUGUGCUUAUGGUGGAGUGCUGGAAGAGCAGCCCCGAGGAGCGUCCCACCUUCGCCACACUGAGGGAGAAGCUGAACACGAUACACCGGCGGCUCCAUCUGAGCCUCACGUGACCACGUCUCCAGCCCCACAGGCAGCAGUUCUGGCAACUGCUUCCUGAAGGGUGUCUCCCCAGGGAACGCUCGUCACUAACACACACGGGAGAUGCUAUACACCUGGGAACGGCAACAGCCUGCGAGAACCAAACACACCAGAUGGAUACAUGCAGACAGGGCCUGGUCAUGAGUACCCACUUAGAAGUGAGGGCUGAUGUCCUCCUCCUGGCAUAGUUUGAAUCCCUGGUGUUUCCAAAGUGUUGAUACACAGAAGGGCUGUAAGAAAGUGCUGGACAAAGGAAUUCCAGCAAAGCCAGCCGUUUCCUCCCUGCCCUCACCUCACUCUGGGUUCCUCUGCUCCCUCCUAAGAUCGGGGAUGAGAAGCCCAAUUUCUCUCAAGUCUUACUGUGGAUUUGAUGGAAUAUCUGGUGUGAGGGUUCCCAAGUGUAUCUCAGCCUUUUGAGCUGGGUACUCAGAGGAGACAGUAGCAUCCCCUGCCCAGCCCACUGCCCCACAGGUAUGGGGAAACCUUAGGCACACAGAGUCAGCUCCAAUAAAUGUGUUCUAAACGGAUUCACAUAGCGGCUCCCAGAAUGGAGUGCUGGAGACUCUAAAAGAUGGGAGCCGAAGCGGCAUUACAGUGUGGACCCCCAAGAUAUUAGCGGUGAAGAUUGCCGGAGCCAAGUGAAUAGCCUCUUCCAGUUCCCCGGCCUGGGGCUGAAGUCAGAAGGCUUUUCAGUUUCAGAAAGGUGGUCAGAACUCCUAGACCUUUUCCAGAUGCAGAAGGAUGGAGACAUAGGGAGGGUUCUGACAACCAGACAACCUACUUUCUGGGGCAAAGCCCCUGUGGGUCACUUUUGUGUUUGAGCAUGACACCUGCAGAAGUUGGGUCCUGGGUCACUCAACACUUUAACCAGGAGUGGUACACUGGGGAUUAGGGGCCUCUGCUCAGGGACCCAAGGCCAUUUCACUCUCCCAGAAGCUGUAUCCAGAAGGCUGUAAGGCAGAAAGCCUGGCAGUCCCCUAGAGGAAAUGGAAUUUGGGGCCAGCUCUGCACCCACUGAGGCCAAUUUGUUCAUGAUCACCAACCAUAUUUGUGGGUUGGGUAACAGGGAACUGGGAGCUGAACUUCACGUGUGACGUGUUAAGUUACAGCAAAGAGUUUGGGGCUUAGCCAGUCAUGGGCUUUCUCGCGAGGAAGCAGGGCUGAAUGAGAGGGACUGAGGGCAUGGA